AUAGCAGAUUCCAGAGACGAACGAUCCCGUGGACAUAACAAACAAUUCGCGAAAAAAUGUUAAAACUGGUAAUUUGCCUCUCGUUUCUUGCUUUCGCAGCAAGUUACGACUUCAAAGAUUCAUAUUACAAUGAAAUACUGCUGGCGGAUCUACUGGAUGGUGAUGAUUCUCUAAUGGUUUUCGAUCGCUACAAACGAUCGACAACGGAAAUAGCGGAUGACAAAUGCAAACGACAACACAAGCACAAGUGUUGUAACGACUCGAAUGGUGAGAAUUUGGAUAAGAUCAAAGAUUUGAAGAGGCAGUGUUUCACCGAAGUUAAAUCGAAGGAUCGAUCUGAACAAGGAGCAACCGAACCAAUCGACAUGUUCUCUUGCGAGAAAGUAAACCGUGUCAAACAAGAUGUGCUCUGUGCGCUUGAAUGCGUUGCAAACAAAAAGAACGCUGUUGACGCGAACGGUAACCUGUUGGAACCAGCUGUUCUGAUUCCGUUUGUAAAGGAGAAUUUUGCCGCUGAUCCAUGGCAGGAACCACUGAUACCUGGCUUCGUAGACAGUUGUCUCCAGGAAGUGGCAGAGAAGAAAACUAAACCGUCCUCCGAAGAAACACGCUGCAAUCCGGCAUCGGCUCAAUUUGGUUACUGUAUGUGGCGGCAGUUUACUCUGGCUUGUCCCAAGGAGAGGCAGGAAACUUCGAAAAAAUGCGACAAAGUGCGGGAGAAACUGCUGAACAACGAACCGGUGUCCAUGUACCACCGGCAUGAUUAUGAUGAUAAGUAGUUAACAUAUGACUCUGACUGAUUUUAUGAUUAAUGAUUUAUAAUGUU